AUGAGGAAGACAAGAGAUCUUUAUAAGAAAAUUAGAGAAAUUAAAGGAAAAUUCCAGGCAAAAAUUGGAAUGAUAAAAGAUAGAAACAGGAAAGAUCUGAGUGAAGCAGAGGAUGUUAAGGAAAGAUGGGCAGAAUAUGUAGAAGACCUAUACAAGAAAGAACUGCAUAAUGACAGGGCUCCUACAGCUGAUGUUAAUGUUAAUUUAGAACUAGAGCCAGAUAUUUUGGAGAGUGAAAUCCAGUGGGCCCUUGAAAAUAUGGCUGAUAACAAAACCAGUGGACACGAUGAAAUACCAGCAGAAAUGUUUAAAGUCACUGGAAAAGAUGCAGUGAAAGUGCUGCAUUCAAUAUGCCAAAAAAAUAUGGAUCACGCAGCAAUGGCCAGAAGACUGGAAAAGAUCAGUAUUCAUCCCCAUUCCCAAGAAGAGAAGUUCUAA